GGCAGCAUCUUUGUCCCCGCCAUCGCUACCUACUAUUAUGCUGAUCAUGGAUGAGCUGAGGGAGAUGGAUUGCAGCGUACUGAAAAGGCUGCUGAAAAGAGACGGCGUACCCAACAGGAACGGUAACGACAGCAGCCUCAAGCACCAUUCCAGCCCGGGCACGAAUAACGCUAACAUCAGCAGCAGCGGCGGUGUGGGGGUCGGAGGCACUUGCCUGCUUCUGGACUGUAGACCUUUCUUGGCUCACAGCGCUGGCUUCAUCCAGGGAUCGGUGAACGUGCGCUGCAACACCAUCGUCCGGAGAAGAGCCAAGGGCUCGGUGACCCUGGAGCAGAUCCUACCGGCAGGGAGCAAAGAUGAGGAGGAGGUGCUGACCCGACUGCGCUCCGGUCUCUAUUCCGCCAUUAUCGUUUAUGAUGAGAGGAGCCCCAGAGCCGAGUGCCUGCGGGAGGACAGCACGGUGUCCCUGGUGGUGCAGGCUCUGCGCAAGGACAGCGACAUGACUGACAUCUGUCUGCUCAAAGGAGGCUAUGAAAGAUUUCACUCAGAGUACCCAGAAUUCUGUGCAAAGACGAAGUCUAUAAACAGUAUUUCCCUGCCUACCAGCAUAGAGCCUACUGAAAGGGGCGUCGGUUCCUGUACAACACCACUUCAUGAUCAGCGUGGUCCAGUGGACAUCCUUCCCUUCCUUUACCUCGGUAGUGCAUAUCAUGCUGCCCGAAGAGACAUGUUGGAUGCCUUGGGUAUCACAGCCUUACUGAACGUAUCUUCUGACUGUCCCAACCAUUUUGAAGGUCAUUUCCAGUAUAAAUGUAUUCCAGUGGAAGACAACCAUAAAGCUGACAUUAGCUCCUGGUUUAUGGAGGCAAUAGAAUAUAUUGAUUCUAUUAAGGAUAAUCAUGGACGUGUACUGGUGCACUGCCAAGCUGGCAUUUCCCGGUCUGCUACCAUAUGCUUGGCCUACUUGAUGAUGAAGAAAAGGGUAAAAUUGGAAGAGGCCUUUGAAUUUGUCAAGCAGCGUAGGAGUAUCAUCUCUCCCAACUUCAGCUUCAUGGGACAACUGCUACAAUUCGAAACUCAGGUCUUGACCACUACCUGUGCGACAGAGGCUGCCAGUCCCUCUGCCACACUUUUAGAACGCAGUAAGACUUCCUCUUCACCCACAUCUCCCUUUGUCUUCAGCUUUCCUGUGUCAGUAGCAGCUCCAAACAGCCUACCGUAUCUUCACAGUCCCAUCACAACUUCUCCCAGCUGCUAAAAGUGAGUGGAAUACCACAAGAAAACUGACUGGCUUUGGCGACUUAGGGCCCAAAAGACCUUUUAUACAGAGAGAUGAACUCGCACUGCAGAAAAUGUAAAUCCUGAAACCGUGGGAACCCCACAAGCAAUAAUAAUUUAGCAGUUUUCCAUCUUCAAAGCCAUUUGAGGUGUAGUCGUUGCUUUUAUUUCCACAUUUGAUUUUUACUUUUAUUAUAAAUAUUUAUAUAUAAACAUGGAUAUUUCAUGUUUAACUUGUAUUUAUAACUUUUUAAGUUUCUUUUUUCUUCUUAACAGAGUGGCUUCAGGGCAGCUUUUUUGUCUUAAAGCAAAUCAAGUUUGGGAAAUUUUUUUCAUUUUCCCAAAGUGCCUAUUUUUAUUUAUAUGUUCCUCCAAUUUCAAUCUGGUAUUGUAUUUUAAAUUAUUUUGUAUUCUGUCCUCCAAAGUAUCAAAAUGCAAUAAGGGAAAAGCACCAUUUCUGGAACAUCAAGGUUACUAGAUAUUGUAAUCAAGAGCACAACAAAGGUAACACUGGAUAUUCUCAUUGGCCAUCAUUGCUGAAGCUCAAGCCUGGAACUAUUAGUGUUCUGUAUGCAUUUCUCUAGUAUUUUAUACCUAUGAUACAAGAUGGAUUAUAAAUGUUCUUGGCAUGUUCUUACCAUAAGCUAGCCUGUUAGUGGGCAUUUUUUUGGAGUCUGGAAAUGACACUGGAUAUGUUAUACUCAUGUAAUAAGCUUUCAGUAAGCAGAUUUUAAAAUUAUAUUUAAUGCUUUAGACAGUUGUUCCUGUUUGGAUUACUGUUGAUUCCACCUUGUUCAUACCCACAUUAUGUAAUUGUAUGAUUGUGGAUGCCAGUCUGCUGCAUCGUUUGGAACAAAUUAGUGCUGUGUGUAGUUUUAUUAACUAUGCCUGUUUAAGGUGUUGCAGACUUUAGCAAUGCUGUCAGUAUUCAGUUAACCUGAGCUAUGCCUUUUUGUUUCGGAAACAAAGCGUGUCUAUGAUGCAAAAGGUAGCAUACACAUUUUACCUAACUUAGUAUUUUAAUCAGUGUUAGGUUUUGACCUAUAA